AUGCCACGGCUGGUGGACAAGUGCAGCCCGGUGGUGCAGACAUCUCAGCCCUCACCGGUGGCUGUUCUGCUGGUUGACGGCUCCGUGAUCUUCGCUAUCCUCCGAAGCGGGGAGGUUCGCUGCCACCGCUGCAGCACAGGUCAACUCUUGGCCUCCUGCCCAGGAAGGCUCGGCAAAGGUCGCUUUGCCGCAGCGGCGGCUUUGUUGGGGUCGGAGGCGUUCAUCUUGGGCGACGAUGCCGGUGGAUUGCUGUGGCUCCGGCGAGAUGACCUUAGUGAGAUGCAAAGCCUUCGCGUUAGCCACAGCUCUGCAGUCGCCUCCCUGGCGCCCCUGAAGAAUCCGGAGGACUGCUUGUGCCUCUCCGCCGACGGCGCCGUCGAGCUGAUCCAUGUAGUCGAAUUGGAUGAUGCAGAUUCUCCUGUACAAGCCAGGAUCUCCCGUCUGGGUUGCAUUGCGGCGCAGCCCCCGUUGCGCGACGGGGCUUCGAGCAGCCUGUCCAUGGAAAGUGGGAUGACCCCGGCGCUGUGCAUCGGUGCAGACGACAUGGCCUUGGUCGUUGGCCCAAACGAGGUCUGGACAGUUGCCGGGACCUCCCUUGCUGGGCCCUUUGCUGCGCAGCCGGCCACGAGGUCGAAGCCAAGCGAAGGCUUAUGCCACGGCAUUUGCCUUCGUGGUCGCGCAGUGACUGCCUCUAGCGCCUCUCCACGGUUACAGUGGUGGACGCUGUCUACAGCAGCGGCCAAGGCUGACGUGGUGACGGAGUCUUCUGGGUGUGGAGGUGUGCUGGCUUUGGCAGGUCAUGGCGAUCUUUGCGCCUCGCUUCAUGCCUACCUUUGCGUGGUUCUCUGGCAGGGUGCGCUUCAGCAAGAGGACUGA